UAUGCUGUAUUCGGAUCUGGUGUUUGUUCUGGAAUAUGGUGCGUCAGUGACUAUGGGCUUUGUGCAGCAUUGCUCCAGCUCUCCAUGAGAGUAACGUGUAUGGAAUCUAUGCUGUUGUGUGGAGUAUGAUUCACGCGCAGGCGACCAUUUUUCAGGAAUUGAUGUGCUUUCAAUUGACGGGUCAUAAUGCUGCUGCACCUGUGUAGUGUUAAGAACUUGUACCAGAACAGGUUUCUAGGCCUGGCAGCCAUGGCAUCUCCAUCAAGGAGUUCUCAGAGCAGACGACGAUGUAAGGAGCCAAUGCGUUACAGUUACAACCCUGAUCAAUUUAAUAAUGUGGAUGUUCGAAAUGGCACCCAUGAAGCUAUUCCUAUACCUCGGUCUAACAGUGAUACAGACUUGGUAACAUCAGACAGUCGAUCUACUCUAAUGGUCAGCAAUUCAUACUAUGCUAUUGGACAGUCACAGGAUAUCGUUAUUUUUUGGGACAUUAAGGAAGAAGUUGAUGCUGGAGAUUGGAUUGGCAUGUACCUUGUUGAUGAGGUACUUUCUGAAAACUUUUUGGACUAUAAAAAUCGUGGUGUUAAUGGAUCCCACAAAGGUCAAAUUGUAUGGAAAAUCGAUGCCAGCUCUUACUUCAUGGAACCUGAAACAAAAAUCUGCUUUAAGUAUUAUCAUGGAGUAAGUGGAGCCUUGCGAGCUACAACCCCCAGUGUCACAGUGAAAAAUCCUUCAGCUCCUGUCUUUAAACCAGUGACAAAUGAUGAUGUUGCCCAAGGUCAGGGGAGUCGAAGGUUAAUCAGUUUUACACUCUCAGAUUUCCAGGCAGUUGGCUUGAAGAAAGGGAUGUUUUUCAACCCUGACCCAUAUCUAAAGAUUUCUAUCCAGCCAGGAAAGCAUAGCAUCUUCCCUUCUCUACCUCACCAUGGGCAAGAAAAGAGGUCUGGAAUCGUAUGCAAUACUAUUAAUCCUGUGUGGCAAAGACAGCAGUUCAGCUUUGUUUCUCUGCCAACUGAUGUGUUAGAGAUUGAAGUAAAAGACAAAUUUGCCAAGAGUCGCCCAAUAAUCAAACGAUUCCUUGGGAAACUGUCUAUGCCGGUGCAGCGCCUGCUUGAGAGACAUGCAAUCGGAGACAGAGUCGUAAGCUACACUCUCAGCAGAAGACUUCCAACAGAUCACGUCAGUGGGCAACUGCAGUUCAGAUUUGAGAUAACAUCUUCUAUACACCAAGACGAUGAAGAGGUCUCAAUUAGCACUGAAGCUGGAUCUGGUCCUACUCAAGAAAAUCAUUCGGAAGACAUGACUACUGACUCAUGUUGUGCAUCCCUUCCUAAUGACAGCACUGUUACAGAGAAUGCAAGCCCUGAGCAAGCUAAUGGUUAUGACGAGAUUUCAUUAAAUUCAAAUUCCAGCUGUCCAGAUCCUGCAGCACCAAUAACAGAAAUUAGUUACGUGGCUAGUAGUGAACUUCUUGCUGAAGAAUCAAACAUUAUACAUGAUAUGGAAAACAAUGAGCUUGGAGAUCCUACACCGAAUGAGGAACCCUCAGUACUAGACUGUCAGGCAGAAAUGGAGGCUGAAGAAUUAGGGACCACUUUGCAAUUGGAAGAUGAGAAAAAUGCCAGUAGUGAAGUAGAUGUCACAGUGACUCUGCCUAUAGAACCAACUGAGGAAGUAGUGCCUUCAGUUGGUGGAAUAAGCGAUGAAGCAGAAGAUAAACAAACAACUGCUGAAGCAACAGGAGGUGCAUCAGAAGUAGAGGAAGAAGAUGAAGAAAGCUGUUCUUUAAGGAUGAGGACUACUGUUAAAAGGAAAAACAGGCCUUGUUCACUUCCUGUUUCGGAACUGGAAACUGUUAUAGCAUCUGCUUGUGGUGAACCAGAAACCCCACGGACUCACUACAUCCGAAUUCACCAUUUGCUCCACAGUUUGCCCUCUGCUCAGAUGGCUGAUGACAAUGAGGAGGAUAGCUGUAACCCAGACUCAGAGCUUACUCUAAAACCAGAGGAGGAGGAUAAGGACCUAACAGAGGACAGCUCUUCUGAAACUCAGUCACAUAGUGUAACUUUGGAACCUGACAACUGUGGUCGAAGGACUAUACCCCGCAGCCUAUCUAUUGAACAUCUUUCAGAUCUGAACCAGCUGCUGGAGAGUGAGCAACCACGAACAGAAAGCGAAAGUGAGUCAAGCAUGAGACCACUUGGGGACAAUGAAUGUGAUCUGUGUGACACAUCCUGCUACAGCACAUCUUGCUACAGCACUUCUUGCUAUAGCACCUCUUGCUACAGUAACUCAGGCUAUGAAGGAGGAAAUCGGUUUUCUAGCCAUACUCGAUUUUCUUCUGUUGACAGUGCUCGCAUUUCUGAAAGCACUGUCUUUUCCUCUCAAGAUGAUGAAGAAGAAGAAAACAGUGCCUUUGAGUCUGUACCAGAUUCUGUGCAAAGUCCUGACCCUGCUGAUCGAGACACUGAGACUGGUACAGCACUGUGGGCAGAAGAACACACUGUGCAACCCAGAAGUUCUCAGAGUACUACAGAAAGUGGAGAGUCCCCAGUUGAAGAGUCUGGAAAUAGAGCAGAAGGUGAUUGCCCUUUGCCAUGCAACCAUCAACCUGUUAACCAGCUGCCUGCUUUGAGACCAGAUCCCCACCAUUAUCCAACUAUUGACGAGCCUCUUCCACCAAAUUGGGAAGCCAGGAUUGACAGCCAUGGCAGGGUGUUUUAUGUGGAUCAUAUCAACAGGACGACCACAUGGCAAAGACCUACAACAGCAGCAACUCCAGAUGGUAUGCGCCGGUCUGGGUCAGUCCAGCAAAUGGAGCAAUUAAAUCGAAGAUAUCAGAACAUUCAGAGGACAAUAGCAACAGAUAGAACAGAGGAUGAUAGCGGCAAUCGCCGAAGUGAAAGAUCAGGAGCAAGUGAAACUGAUUCAGAUUUUCCUCCUCAGACUGCAGACGUAAGAAGAGAGGGGCCAUCAUCUCCUAUUAACAGUCAAAAGAUCACACUGUUGCUGCAGUGCCCAGCCGUCAAGUUCAUAACGCAUCCUGAGUUUUUCACUGUGCUCCAUGCAAACUAUAGUGCCUAUCGAAUGUUUACUAACAGUACUUGUCUAAAGCACAUGAUUCUGAAGAUUCGCAGGGAUGCUCGUAACUUUGAACGUUAUCAGCACAACAGGGAUCUAGUGACGUUCCUCAACAAGUUUGCAGAUACUCAGCUCGAACUACCACGGGGCUGGGAAAUCAAAACAGACCAGCAAGGCAAGUCUUUCUUCGUUGAUCAUAACAGUCGGGCAACAACAUUCAUCGAUCCCAGGAUUCCUCUACAGAACGGACGUCUACCAAACCAUUUGACACACAGACAGCAUCUGCAGAGACUGCGGAGUUACAGUGCAGGAGAGGCAUCUGAGGUAUCAAGGAGUCGAGGAGCAUCAUUAAUGGCCAGACCCGGUAACAGCCUUGUGGCAGCUAUCAGGAAUCAAUACCAUCAUGAUUCCGUACCAUUAGCCUAUAAUGACAAGAUAGUUGCUUUCCUUCGACAGCCCAACAUUUUUGAGAUGCUUCAGGAGCGACAGCCUAGCCUUUCAAGAAACCACGCUCUAAGGGAGAAAAUUCAUUACAUACGAACAGAGGGCACCCAUGGAGUUGAAAAGCUGUCUUGUGAUGCUGACGUUGUCAUAUUGUUAAGCCUUUUUGAAGAGGAGAUUAUGUCAUAUAUCCCUCCACAUUCAUCAUUUCAUCCAGGAUUCAGCUUCUCUCCACGCUGCUCACCCGGCUCUUCUCCACAGAGCUCCCCAGGUUUGCAAAGAGCCAGUGCCAGGGCUCCCGCACCGUAUCGCAGGGACUUUGAAGCCAAGCUGCGUAACUUUUAUAGAAAGCUGGAAGCAAAAGGCUAUGGACAAGGGCCAGGAAAAAUCAAAUUGAUUAUUCGUCGAGACCAUCUACUGGAGGGCACCUUUAAUCAAGUGAUGGCCUACUCUCGAAAGGAACUUCAGCGAAAUAAACUCUAUGUUACAUUUGUUGGAGAAGAAGGCUUGGAUUAUAGUGGACCCUCUCGAGAGUUCUUUUUCCUGCUUUCUCAGGAGCUCUUCAACCCUUACUACGGCUUGUUUGAGUAUUCUGCAAAUGACACGUACACAGUGCAGAUCAGCCCUAUGUCAGCAUUUGUUGAAAAUCAUCUGGAAUGGUUCAGGUUCAGUGGUCGGAUCCUUGGUUUGGCUUUGAUUCAUCAGUUCCUUCUUGAUGCAUUUUUCACUAGACCAUUCUACAAAGCACUGCUAAGACUACCAUGUGACCUGAGUGAUUUAGAAUACCUCGAUGAGGAAUUCCAUCAGAGCCUGCAGUGGAUGAAAGAUAACGACAUUACUGAUAUCUUGGAUUUAACCUUUACAGUGAAUGAAGAAGUAUUUGGUCAGGUAACUGAACGGGAGUUGAAGUCAGGGGGAGCCAAUCUUCAGGUAACAGAGAAAAAUAAAAAGGAGUACAUCGAGCGAAUGGUGAAGUGGCGUGUGGAGCGUGGAGUAGUCCAGCAGACAGAAGCCUUGGUUCGUGGGUUUUAUGAGGUGGUAGAUUCAAGGUUAGUGUCUGUAUUUGAUGCCAGAGAACUGGAGCUGGUUAUUGCUGGAACUGCUGAAAUUGAUUUGACUGAUUGGAGAAAUAACACAGAAUACAGGGGAGGUUAUCAUGAUGGCCACAUUGUGAUCAGAUGGUUUUGGGCAGCGGUUGAGCGAUUCAACAAUGAACAGAGGUUGCGACUCCUACAGUUUGUGACUGGCACCUCAAGUGUGCCUUAUGAAGGUUUUGCUGCACUCAGAGGAAGCAAUGGGCUAAGAAGAUUCUGCAUUGAAAAAUGGGGCAAAAUUACCUCUCUUCCCAGGGCCCACACAUGCUUUAAUCGCCUUGAUCUUCCUCCAUAUCCUUCUUACACCAUGCUAUAUGAGAAACUGCUGACAGCUGUGGAGGAAACCAGCACAUUUGGACUGGAGUGAACGUCAGGCAGCUAAAUGAGCACUGAGAGGUUGAUUUCCUAAUUCCUUUAUUAUAUGUGAAGAUAACAAU